AUGACGUUUCUGGGAGGGUCUUCACCUGGAGUCUGGGCCAUCAUUCCCACCAUCAUGCGGAAGUUCGGCAUCUUUCCACCAGAGAGGGAACUGCCGGCCACUGCCUGGUACACCAGCAGAGACACUGAGUCUCCCGUCUACGAGAUACUCAGCACACUGCAGUUCUUCAGCAUGCAGUACAGCUUCUUCAUGGCGAUGUGCCUCGACCUGCUUUUUGUUUGCAUUAUAAUUCACGCAGCUGGUCAGCUGGAGGUUCUCAAUGCUAAACUGAGACGUGUUGGUAAAAUUAUUGGGAACCACGGUUAUGACACUCACAAACAACGAGAGGUACAGGAGGAACAGUUGGACAAAGAUUAUAGUGGAGAAACGAUGUGGGAAGAGCUCUGUAACUGCAUCAGGCACCAUCAGGACGUCAUUGCGUAA